UUUUAUUUUCAAUUCACAUCAUAAAUUUCUUUACAGAAAAAAAUAGAUCACGAUGGGUGACAACAAUAGUUUGGUUGGAAAAGUCGGCAUAUUCAUAUGUGUUUUACUGAUAGCUGGAGCUAUACUGAUCGCAGUCUUGGUCGGCACGUCACUGAAAAAACUGGCAACAGGCGAAGUUGGAGUCAAGUAUGACACUUUCCAAAGGGAAUUAGGCACAGAAACUUUAAGAGAAGGUUUACAUCUUGGACCACCGGGAUACGAAUUUAUUAUUUUCCCUAGUACAUACAAGUCACUGAUGUUCGAUGACUUAGAAUGUUUGAAUAAAGACGGAGUGAAAAUAACCCUCGAUGUCACUUAUCAGUAUAAAGUGAAAUCUUCCAAACUGAGGGCGGUGAUAAUUAACUUUAGAGACGUAAAUGGCUACACAAAUGUUCUCAGACAAGCAGGAAGUUCUGCUUUACACGAAUCUUGCAGUUAUUUCAAUACGUCACAAUUCCAAGCUGAACGUGCAAUUUUCCAGGAAAAGGUCCAAGAACAAAUUGAGUUAAGAUAUGAAGAGCUCCAUGCAAUCAUCACUGAUUUACAGGUGAGCAAUAUAGAUAGACCGUCCCAGUAUGAAAGUGCCAUUAGAAGUAAAGAAAGAGCAAGAGAAGAUAUCCAAGUAGCAAACAAUGAACGUCCACGGCUUCUUACUGAAGCGACGACGAAACAAAGAGAAGCCGAAACUCAAGCAAAGAUAAUUAUUGACAAGGCCGAGUCAGAUGCUCGUAUUUUAGCUAACAAAGCACAUACAGAGGCGAAGGCAAUUAUUGCCCAGUACGAAAAAGAGUCAGAAGCCUAUAAACAGAUCGUUGAUGCCACAGGACUUGCCUUUAGUAUCGACGGAUUUAUCUCGUAUCUCGGUAUUCGUGUGAUUGCUGAUGCCAAGAACCCAGUCUACAUCGGUUUUGACAGCCCUGCAAAAACUGUUUACCCUUGAAUAAUUAAGUUUCGGAAAUAUGCGUGCUUCCUCUUGACACCCCUAUUAGACUGUGAUAAAAACAUAUGAUAAUUAAUUGAUUUUUGUGAAACAACUAAUUGUAAAGUUAAGCCAAACAUGUUAAGACUUAAUGAACUAUGUUUUUGAAACAUUGUUUAUGGUACCGUAUGAAAAGGUGUUUAUUUCUUAAGAUUUCAUUUCCCUUGUUUUUAUAGACAAAGAGUGGAUCUGCUGUAGAUUGAGAUAAUUUCAACACAUUUUUUAUUACAGCAAAUGUUUUCUUUAUUCUUUGUAUCCUUUAUUCAAAUUUGGAUCCCACAAUCAAACUUAUUUGCUGUGUACAAAAAAAAUGAAUAGCAAUAACCAAUAAAUACAUGCAAAUAUGCACAUACACAAUUAUGCUAU